CCUCCAUGCACAAGAGACUCUGCAAAGCCCUUCCAUUCCCAAACCCAAGAAACCCGAGGAAAAAAGCUGUAGCUCCAGCUCAUUCACAUUUCGGCAGCAAACAAGGCCAGGAUCCUGCAAGGAAGCAGGGGAAGGAAGGCUGUUAACGGUGAACAAGAGCGAGCGCGGUGGGCAUAGGUAGUAGAGAUGGAUGGGAGCAAGUACCGAUCAAAGAGCUACGCCAUGGCCAACGCCGGCAGGAAGCUCCCCUACGCGUUCCUGCUGCUGCUGGUCCUCGCGGCCGGCGUGCUGAGCGUGGUUGUCCUGCAAAAGGUGAGGGAGCAGCGCAUCUUUGCUGGACGUCUCCAGGAACGUGACCGGCAGCUUGUCUCCCUGCGGAUCCUCCUCCAGAAAGAGAAGGCAUUUAACAGAGAGAUGAAGAGGAAGCUGGAAGAAAUGAAAGCCACAACCACUUCACUUAGAACUCAGAAAAUAGAACAGAAAACCAAGCUCAAGGGACUGGAAGCCACAAUUGCAAAUCUUAAGAAGACUCAAAAAGAACUGGAAGCAGCUCUCACAGAGAAAGACAGCCACAUCAAUCUAAUGGAGGAGGCAGCCACAAAUCUUAAGAAGGCUCGAAAAGAACUUGAGGCAACUCUCAAGGAGAAAGAUCGACACAUCAGACAAAUGGACGAGAAGGCCACAAAUGCUAUGAACACUAAAAACGAACUGGAAGCAAUUCUCAGGCAGAAAGACAGCCGCAUCAGACGAAUGGAAGAGAAAGCCACAGGUUCAAAUCCUGAUCAGAUGGCAGCUCUGAUGGAAAUCCUGCAGCGUAAGGAAGCCGAACUCGAAGAGAUCAAGACCAGGUUCCAAGAUUACAAGAAAACAGAUAGAGUGGCUGUGAAUAGUAUGAGCACUCCUGUGCAAACGAACAAUACAAGAGCGACUCCUGACAUUGUGGUAGUAAAAAAGCCUAUGAACUCAAGCAGUGUGGGCAAGUCUGAAGAAAAGAGAUCUGCCAAUGGCACAGUAGUAGAAAGUGCCAAGUCUGAAGAAAAGAGAUCUGCCAACACCACAGUAGUAGAAAAUGCCAAGCCUGAAGAAAAGGGAUCUGCCAAUACCACAGUAGCAGAAAGUGCCAAGCCUGAAGUUAAGAGAUCUGCCAAUACCACAGUAGUAGAAAGUGCCAAGCCUGAAGAAAAGAGAUCCGCCAAUACUACAGUAGUAGAAAGUGCCAAGCCUGAAGAAAAGAGAUCUACCAAUACCACAGUAGUAGAAAGUAAGCACCCGAAAGACAGAUCUUUAGAAGAAAAGCCAGUGAAGCUCACAACUAAAAUGGAAGAUGUUGGCAUACAAGGAAACUUGGAUGAUUUUGAUGAAGAUAUAGAUUUUGAUGAUAUUUACGGAGAAAGUCAUUCAAAAAAAGCUGCACCACCUCGGAGGAACAAGAAGUUCCUGACCAACAAUGUUGAUGGCAUUGGACAGUCUGGGAACUCCCUAGAUCAGGACAGUGAUAGGGUUCGGUACAAUAGACUGCUGGAGAAGGCAAGUGCUAAAUUGGCCAAGGAAACCAAGAAGAACAACACUAAUGUUCAUGCUGGCCAUACUACAUCAGAAAAGUCCGUGCAAGGGAUGGCCGGUGCUGCUGAUGUGAAGCCGAGCAUUAACAUGCCACUGAAUAAUGAUGAGGCAAGACAGCAAAACAGGAAGCAGAAGAAGAAAAAGUCUAAAUCGAAAAAGAAGAAGACAGGUGAUACUGCAGAUACCAAUGUUGGUGGAGAAGUUGCUAAACAGAGGACGCCAGAUGGUACAUUGGUCUCAAAAUAAGUUUCCAGAGCCCCAAAGCCGGAAAAGAACCCCCUGGAUAGUCGGACAAUGGACAAAAAAGAGCAAUACCUUCCUGUAUGUUGAAAUACCAUGAACAAAAUGAAGGCAGAAUUCCAUCACCGAAAAAAAGUUGAAGGCAAAUAGUAGCUGAGAAAAUAUAGUGGUCGAUUUAUAGCUCAUAGCAGCAGAUAUCUUAUUUCUACAAUACUAUGACUUGGUUUCGUUCUGCGAACGCUGAGAGUAUAUUGUUUUCAUAUCUUAUUUUCUACUGGCAAAGAAAUUUUGCAUUUGGUUCUUCA